UCACCGCAGUGUCGGAGGGGGGAGGAAGGAGGACUGUGACGAGCAGGGUGGGGGGGAGGACACCGGCUCCAUCCACCAUCCACCAUCCUCCAUCCUCCAUCCCUGCCUCCUCUCCCUCGGCGUGGAAGCACACGGCGGGCGGGCGUUCACACGCAGCAACAAAGGGGCUCACUGUCCAUCUAUGACAUCCAAUGAAUACAGGAGUCAUUGAAGGAAGUUUCACCUUUUUUUGGCUUCUGAUUGCAUCUUAAAGGGUGUAAAAGCAUCACAAAGCAUGGAGCUGGAGCACUUUGACAGGCGGGACAAAACACAGAGGUACGCCCGCAGGGGUUCCAGAGGCAACGGGCUCCCCAGUCCCACUCACAGCGCCCACUGCAGCUUGUACAGAACCAAGACAUUACAAGCGCUGACGUCGGAGAAGAAAGCCAAAAAGGUUCGCUUCUACCGCAACGGGGAUCGCUACUUCCAAGGGGUUGUGUACGCCAUUUCUCAGGAGAGAUUCCGGUCCAUCGACGCACUCCUGGCCGACCUCACGCGAGCGCUGUCUGAUAACGUCAACCUACCCCAAGGGGUUCGGACCAUAUACUCCAUUGAUGGGACGACAAGGAUUAUGAGCAUGGACCAACUGGUGGAAGGAGAAAGCUACGUGUGUGCCUCCUUCGAGCCCUACAAGACGGUGGAAUACACCAAAAACGUCAACCCCAACUGGUCCGCAGCAGCGAAGACAGCCGCGUCUUCCCGCGACCCUCCUUCUCUUGGCAGCGCCAGAGCCGGAUCUCCGGAGACUCGGGAAAGCAAAGACUUCAUCAAGCCCAAACUGGUCACCAUAGUUCGCAGCGGAGUGAAGCCUCGCAAGGCCGUGCGCGUCUUACUCAACAAGAAGACGGCGCAUUCGUUCGAGCAGGUCAUGACCGACAUCACGGACGCCAUUAAGUUGGACAGCGGCACCGUGAAAAGGCUGUUCACUGUUGAUGGCAAGAUGGUAACAUGCCUUCAGGACUUUUUUGGGGAGGACGACAUAUUCUUUGCUUGUGGGCCCGAGAAGUAUCGAUACCAAGACGACUUCAGUUUGGAUGAGAGUGACUGCAGGGUGGCCAAGUCUUCAUCCUACGGUCGACUUCCGUCUGUGCACGGCCGCUGUUCUCCAAGAAGUGGCGGAAUGUCCCGCAGGAGCAAGUCUCCCUCAUCUACUGGCUCUGUUAACGGGACAGCAGGAAGCCAGCUGUCAACCCCUCGGUCUGGAAAAUCCCCCUGUCGCUCUCCGACUAGUCCUGCAAGCCUCAGGAGACAUCAGGGUUCUCAGCACAGCAGUUCGUCCCUCUCUUUAGCCUCCACCAAGGUGUGCAGCUCUAUGGAUGAAGGAGACGGACCCAGCAGUGAAGCUGAGCCCAUGGACGAGACCCCCGUUCCUGUCGCCAUAGCAGAGAGGUACAAAGUGGGCCGCACUUUGGGGAGCGGGAACUUUGCUGUGGUGCGGGAGUGUGUUGAGAGAUCCACUGGAAGAGAAUAUGCCCUCAAGAUCAUCAGCAAGGAGAAGUGCAGAGGAAAGGAACACAUGAUCCAGAGCGAGGUGUCCAUUCUCCGACGUGUCAAGCAUCCCAACAUUGUACUGUUAAUUGAAGAAGUGGACACCGGCAAUGAACUUUAUCUCGUCAUGGAGUUGGUUAAGGGUGGCGACCUCUUUGACGCCAUCACCUCCUCCAACAAAUACACGGAGAGGGACGCCAGCUGUAUGCUGUUCAAUCUGGCGAGCGCCAUCAAGUACCUGCACAGUCUCAACAUCGUGCACAGAGACAUCAAACCCGAGAACCUGCUGGUCUACCAGCACCCUGACGGCAGUAAAUCUCUCAAGCUGGGGGACUUUGGCCUGGCCACCGUUGUCAAUGGUUACCUCUACACUGUGUGUGGCACGCCGACCUACGUAGCACCUGAGAUCAUUGCCGAGAAAGGAUAUGGCCUCAAGGUGGACAUUUGGGCUGCCGGUGUCAUCACUUACAUUCUGCUGUGUGGCUUCCCGCCCUUCAGUUGUGGAGAGGACCAAGAGGUUCUGUUGGAACACAUCUUGAGGAGUGAUCUGGAGUUCCCCGCGCCGCACUGGGACAACGUGUCGGACUCGGCCAAGGCUCUCAUCAGCGGGAUGCUGCAGGUGGACGUGGACCAAAGACUCUCAGCCGCACAAGCGCUGGAGCACCCCUGGGUCAACUGGUGUGCGGGGUAUUUGCUUGCACAGGAUGAUGGCGUGUCCGAGAACCAGCAGCAGCUCCCUGUGGCCAUGAGGAUCAGGAAGCACUUUAACAUGGGACCGAAGAGCAACAGUACAACUGCAGGUGUCAAGGUCAUCAGUAAUACUCCGCUUGAUAAGGAGAAGCAGGUUUUCCGGCGACAGCAGCAGCAACCCGACGCUAAUCUCGCCGCCCACUUCCCGCACGGCGCCAGCUCCUCCUCCUCAUCGCGUGGUGCUAACGCCGUCCUGUCGCCCGCCGACUUCACAUCCGAGUCCGAAGACUAUUCCCCGGGUUCGGCGGACACGGUGCGCUCCCCCAUCUCUCCUUUCUAAGUGCAUGCAGGAAGCCAUCCAGCCGCUGGACACGGUGAGCGACAUCCUUGGGACAGUUUUCACCCCUAACCCACCUGACCUUUUGACUGUAUGGGAGAAGAACUGCUCCAAUUUAGUGUUCUGCCGCCCUCUUGUGGUCAAUAUUGUAUAUUACAGAAAGCUGUUUUACAUGCGGCAUCAUGGUACUCGACUUCAGCAACUGUUACUUUAGUGCUGCAAAAGGAGGUGGUGGUGAGUAUGCUGCUAUAACAUAUACAAUUUAAAAACAGUAAUAUUAUUAACUAGUGAUGGUCCAGUUAGUUACAUAUUAGCAUCACUUGGUAAAGAGACUGCACUUUUUUUUGGAAGGUUGCCUAUCAUUCAAAACCUUAUAUAAGACAUGAACGCAUGUCUUUUAAUUAAUUUAACUCGUAAAUAUACGCUAACAAUUAAGCUAACUGGAGUCAUGACGUUGUGCCUUGUGUGCCCAUUAAGCCCACUAUAAAAACAUCCAAAAAGCAACAACAAUACUCUACAUUUCGUGACCUGAAUAUUACCCAGUAUAGGAUA